AUGGAUCAUGUCAACCUGGAUCUCUCAAGCUCGGAUGCACGGGUACCCACGCUUGGAGGAAACAGUUUAUGCACCAGCUACUUCUACAAGUUGCUCACCUUCCGGGGAGUUCUUUGGGCUCCUGCUUCCUCGAUAUGGGACCAUAUUAUCCCCCUAAAAAGUAGAAUCUUCUUGUGGUUGGCUUUUUGGGGGCGUCUGAACACCAAGGCUAACAUGGUGCGCAAAGGUUGGUCGGCAGUGGCUCCAUCUGCUGGCUGCGAUGCUUGCCCGGCGGAGGAGACAGCUGACCAUCUGAUCCUUCGCUGCCGUCCCGCCGAUGCAAUGUGGAGCAGACUGUCACUGGCAACGUUGGCUUGUGCGUCACCCAAUAUUCAACAGUUUGUUUGUCAGGCCAAGGAUCACCUCCAGUCCACAGCCAAGUGGCAUGUCGCUUUUGCUGCAUGUGCUGUCACGCUUUGGCAAGCCAGGAAUGAUCGGGUUUUCAAUGAUAAAUGCUGGCCGGAGUCGUAUAUCAGGUUUCAUGCAACUAAUUUGCUUAGUCUGUGGAGCAACCGGGCUACCAAGCAGCCAGACAAGGAUGAUCUGGCUCCGUGGAUUACCAUUCUCAGCAAUUAG